GGACAGUCGGCCGCUCAUUUACCGAGCGCCUCCCGUUGGAAUCGCGCGCGCGCUCAUCUCAGCCCAGGCUGUCGUCGUGUGUCGUUUUGGACAAUUUCGUGACAUUCCGAUAAGUCCAUUUGAGGAAAAGGAGAAGUACAAGCUCUUUAAAAGUAGAUCAAAGAUAUCGCCCCCCCCUCUCAGACGGGACACUGAAAGUACACUCGAAUCGAUUGUUUGCGUGAGUUGUUGAAGAAAUCCGACACGGAUCGCCCUUAGUCUAUUCACCCGCCGUCCGUCCGUCCAACUCCCUCGUCGGUGAACUUUCAGAGUGUGUCUCUUGUGUUUAUUUGUGUGUGUGUGUGGAUGUGGAUGAGAACGGAUUAUGGAUUACGUCUCGUCCAUUGCGGCGCUCAAUCGCGUCGUCCGUCAUCUCAGCCAAUCGCUAAUGGUCGACAAGAGAAUGGCCCUCAAGGUAGCAGUGAACUGGAGCCAGAGCCAACUUGGCGAUUACAUCCGUUAUCCGGCCCUGCUGGAGUUGAGCAGUAAAUAUGGACUUCAGACGGACGUGUCGGACGCUUCGCUCGGCCAACAGCUGGAAGACUUGCGAGAGCAGAUCCGCCGUGAGAUUCGCAAAGAGCUCAAAAUCAAAGAGGGGGCCGAGAAUUUCAAGAAAGUGGCCACGGACAAACGAUCGCUCGCAGACGUGACGGCAAUGGUCAAGAAAGCCAACAACAAGUUGCAGGAAUUGCAGGCGGAGCUGCAGGAACUGGACUCUCAGAUCCUACUGACGCAAGGCCAGGGCAGUUGCGGCCAGGGUGGCACCAUGAUGCUGAUGAACAUGAACACGCCACCAGCGCCCAUGUCGCCGCCCGUCUACCACAGCCAGCAGUCGUCGUCCGUGUCCAACAGCCUCAGCGUCGGCAGCGGCGGCAACGGCAACACGGGCGGAGGAGGUGGUGGCGGCGGAGGAGGAGGAGGAGGUGGAAGCGUCCAUCACUCGUCGACUCUCAGCAGCCAGCCGUCCAGUCUCGGAUCCAGCAACGGAUACGAGACGCCGAUGUCGCCGGGUGAUGUGGCUGUUCCUCGGCCGGACGAAGGCUCCCUAUCUGAGCAGCGGAUCUCAUCUCUGGAGAAGCAGCUGAAUAUUGAGCAGAAAGUGAAGCAAGGCGCCGAGAAUAUGAUCCAGCAGUACUGCAACGGACCGACCCGAGACAAGAAGCUCCUGGCCGAAGCUCAGCAAAUGCUGGCCGACUCGAAGGCCAAAAUCGAGUACAUCAAAAUGCGCAUCAUGAAAGUCAAGCAGGUCCAGUCGGAAGAAAUGGACGGCAAAGGCUCGGGUGAUGGAUCCAGAGCCAGAGGAGACCGCAAUUGUGACUUUGGGCUGAUGACGCCCCUGGAGGUCCGGAUCGAGGAGCUGCGCCACCAUUUGCGGAUUGAAUCAGCUGUCGUGGAAGGAGCUAAAAACGUCAUCCGGCUGCUCCAGUCGGCCCGCUCCACCGAUAAGAAAGCUUUACAAGAGGCGCAGGCCAGUUUAUCCGAGUCGAGCCAACGGUUGGACUUGAUCCGUCACUCACUGGAAUUGCGCAACAAGGAGCUGCCGCCGCAGCAGUCGGCCAAGGCUAUGGAACUGAAGAAGGAAUUGGAAUCUUACACGGCGUCGAGUCCAACACCGUCGGGUGGCAGCAGCUACGUCAGCCUGCAGCCGUUCAAGCACCAGGGAGGCGGACAAGCUGGCGACACGCCGACGUCGUGUUCAUCUUCUUCUCAUUUGCUGGGCAAAUCGGCCGCCAUCACCGGCAAGCUAGAAGUCCGUCUGAUGGGCUGUCAAGAUCUGCUGGAGGACGUUCCAGGCCGAUCACGGCGAGAUUCCACUCACUCGGCCCCCAAUGACCUGAAAUCCUUCGUCAAAGGUGUGACGGGCAGAAGUUCGUCCAAGUCGUACAGUGUCAAGGACGAGACGAGUAACGAGAUCAUGGCCGUCAUCAAGUUGGACAAUGUGACAGUGGCGCAAACGAAUUGGCGGCCGUGCUCCCAACAGGCCUGGGACCAGCGGUUCAGCAUCGACCUGGACAAAUCGCGAGAAGUCGAGAUCGACAUUUACUGGCGCGACUGGCGCUCCCUAUGCGGCGUCAAGUUUCUGCGCCUCGAGGAGUUCAUCGACGAUGUCCGGCACGGCAUGGCCCUCCAGCUGGAACCGCAGGGACUUCUCUUUGCCGAGAUCAAAUUCCUCAAUCCGAUGAUCUCGCGCAAACCAAAACUUCAGCGCCAGCGCCGCAUUUUCAAACAGCAAGGCAAGAACUUACCUCGCUACAAUCAGAUGAACAUCAACGUGGCGACAUGGGCGCGGAUCAUCAAGCGAUCGCAACCCAACGAGCACCAGCACUCGAACACGAGCUCUUUGUCGUCCGGAGGGUCGGUGGUCCGUCCCAGUAGCUUGUCGUCGACACGUCCGUUGCCGCUCAAUUUGGUCACGUCGCCGGCGUCCGUUUCUCUGCCACCACCUUCGACAAGCAGCAAUUCCAGCCCUCCACCUCAGCAGCCGGAAUCGCAUUCAGCGGCCGUUGAUUCGCCGCACGCUUCUCCACAGGAGAACAACAGCCACAAACAAUUGGAGCAGACGACGAGCGAGAAACCGCAGCAUUAUCAUCAUCCUCAUCCGCCUCAAUCCCAUCAUCCCAAUGUCCAUCCGGCUCUGUCGAGCGGAAUGGCCGGGACGUCGAUGGCCCGCCCGUUGAGUCUCAGUUUGUCGUCACCGGUCGUUCCGAUGGCUCUCGCUGCGGGUGGUGGUGGCAGCAGCGGCAACGUCGUCACGUCGCCCGUCACUCCGACUGCUCUGACGUCGACCGUCGUCCCUAUCCAGUUCCCGCCAUCAGGUAAGAAGCCGGCGCCUCCACCUCCGCCGCGAACCACGUCCGUCGUCACCAUCGGGCACACGACGCCUGUCGGCCAGCCGUCGGGACCGCCGCCGCAACCCGUUCCGCGAUCUUAUCACCACAGCACUACUCCGUCCGACCCGAUCGAAGACGCCAAGAGGGCCUUUGCUCACUUGAGCCUAACCGGUUCCUCGACCGGUUCGGCGUUGGUGGCGGACGGUGGUGGAGACACUUGUGCCGCUCUUCCUUCCCCUCUGCCGUUGUCGUUGAAUUCGGCGACUGCGGUGGCGGCCACGACUCCGGGCACCUCUAUCGCCCAACCGUACACGGUCUCUACACCGUCUUCACUACUCCCGUCUCCUUCUUCUCCCGGCAAUAACGGGGGUACGAACCAUCCAUUGCAUCCGCAACAACUCCAACUUCACCAGCUCCAACAACAGCGUCGCUCGUACAACCGGUCACUUUCUUCCUCUCCGCCUGGCCAAGCCGAAGCUGAGGGCGGCGGUGGUCCGAUUCCCGUCAUCGAAUUCCCCGAUGAUGAGGUUUUCCCUCCGGUGAGACGUCCAGGCCGGCCGAUGGACUACCGCGACAGCGCCUACGAGUCCCGGCGCACCUCUCAAUUCACCGGUGGCAUUUCGCUGGACAACUUCCGCUUCAUCAGCGUCCUCGGGCGCGGCCAUUUCGGCAAAGUCAUUCUGGCACAAUAUCGCAACACUGGCGAGUACUUUGCCAUUAAAGCGCUGAAAAAGGGCGACAUCAUCGCCCGCGACGAGGUCGAAUCGCUUUUGGCCGAGAAGCGCAUCUUCGAGGUGGCCAAUUCCACCCGCCAUCCUUUCCUCGUCAAUCUUUUCUCCUGUUUCCAGACCGAUACCCACGUCUGCUUCGUGAUGGAAUACGCAGCCGGCGGCGAUUUGAUGAUGCACAUCCACGCCGACGUGUUCACGGAGCCGCGUGCCGUCUUCUAUGCCGCCUGCGUCGUUCUUGGCCUUCAAUAUUUGCACGAGAACAAAAUCAUUUACAGAGAUUUAAAGUUGGACAAUUUACUGCUGGACACCGAAGGCUACGUGAAAAUCGCCGAUUUUGGACUGUGCAAGGAAGGAAUGGGAUUCGGCGACCGGACGGGCACCUUCUGCGGAACGCCCGAAUUCUUGGCGCCCGAGGUGCUGACCGAACCGACGUACACCAGAGCCGUCGACUGGUGGGGCCUCGGCGUCCUCAUCUUUGAAAUGCUUGUUGGUGAGUCGCCGUUCCCUGGCGACGAUGAAGAGGAAGUCUUUGACAGUAUCGUCAACGACGAAGUUCGCUAUCCUCGAUUCCUCUCGCUGGAAGCCAUCGCCAUCAUGCGGAGGUUGCUGCGGAAAAAUCCUGAGAGACGCCUGGGAGCCAGCGAGCGCGACGCCGAAGACGUUAAAAAACAGGCAUUCUUCCGGCACGUUCACUGGGAGGACCUUCUGGCCAGACGGCUCAAGCCGCCCUUCGUGCCGACCAUCAGAUCGAUGGAGGAUGUGAGCAACUUUGAUGAAGAGUUUACGUCGGAGAAGCCCGUGCUGACACCACCCAAGGAUCCGCGCAUCCUCUCGGAUGACGACCAGUCCCUUUUCAAAGACUUCACCUACAUGGCCGACUGGUGUUGAUUGUCGUUACUUAAAACAACAAAUUCUUUUCCCUUUUCAUUUGCCUUUCCCUUUUAUUCCCUGUCUCCCCAGUUUUAUAGUUUGGGCCAUCCCACACUCCCCUUUCACUCGUUGAUUAAUCAUCUAACCAAACACAAUUUGUUUCCGUCUUCUCCAGGCAACACUCCUCCCACCCCUACUACACCAUUAGCUUAACUCGAAACAUUUGUCGGGGUCAUGUACAUUGUUUCUCGAUAGGAAUUCUUUUGUUCUUUGUAUUCUCAGUUUUCGGGAGGGUCUCGAUGGGAUUCGAUGGGUUCCGCAGCUCUUACCACACAAUUAUUAAAUGGAUCUAAAAAAACAAAAAAAUAAAAAAAUAUAAACGAAA